AUGAAGUACUUGGCCGCUUACCUAUUGUUGACCCAAGGUGGUAACGAAUCUCCAGCUGCUGCUGACAUCAAGAAGGUUAUCGAAUCUGUUGGUAUUGAAGCUGACGAAGCUAGAAUCAACGAAUUGUUGUCUGCUUUGGAAGGUAAGUCCUUGGACGAAUUGAUCGCUGAAGGUCAACAAAAGUUCGCCUCUGUUCCAGUUGGUGGUGCUGCUGCUGGUGGUGCUUCCGCUGCUGCUGGUGGUGCCGCUGCCGGUGAAGCUGCUGAAGAAAAGGAAGAAGAAGCUGCUGAAGAAUCCGAUGACGACAUGGGUUUCGGUUUGUUCGACUAA